CGAAAAUCAUCACUAAAAUGGGUUACGCGGUCGACAUUCACAUCUAUGGCUUCGGCCUUCUCUUAUUAUAUCAAGGCCUCAUCGCCCUGGUUGAUCCGCAAGGGCAAUUCAGUCUUCGGGGCAUCAAGGAUACGAAACCCUCCGACGAUAUGGCUAGUUAUGCACCUAUCUACAUGCUCGGGGCCAGAGAUAUUUCUAUCGGUGUCUUCUUCAUCGCUCACCACUACGUCGACAACCUAAAUGCCGUAUUAACUCUAUUGGCCAUCAUGGGUUUCUUCAAGAUCAGUGAUGCAAUUGUGGUAAUUGCUGUUGGGGGCGAAAAUACAAGCACAAAGGCAGUUGAGAAUUUGGCCUUUGGAGUUGGUCUUCUUGGUUGGCUUGUGUAUCUGGCCAAGAAUUGAGCAGGUGAUUGUGCCUUCUUGUUGUUCAACACACUUGCCAGUCACUUGCUCCGUCUGUCUAGCCUAAUUGGUCUUGUCAAAAAACCUCUUUUAGUGAGGCACCGUUAAAUGAGAUAUGAUAGUUCCUGUCAUGCAUUAGUGAACU